UAAUAAUUAAAAAUAAUAACAAUAAUAAUAAUAAUAAUAAUAAUAAUAAUAUAAAAUUAAUGUUAUUUUUCAUUUUCACCUCUAUCAUAAAAUUCAACAUCAUUCAACAACAAUUCCAAUUCUCUGGGAAAGCUUCUGAAAUUUGAUAUAUUGCAGAUACAGCAGGAUCAUGACUGAAACUAACAGUUCUCACUCAGGAAAGAAACUCGUCCGAAUCGACAUUAGCUCUGAUACUGUAUGUCCAUUUUGCUUUGUUGGCAAGAAGAAUCUUGACAAAGCCAUUGCUUCCUCUAAGGAUAAAUACAACUUUGAGAUUAAAUGGCAUCCUUAUCAACUCGUCCCCGAUGCCCCUAAAGAAGGCACUGAUAAGAGGGAGUUUUACAGAAGCAAGUUUGGAUCCCGAUCGGUUCAGAUGGAAGCUCGAAUGUUGGAGGUCUUCAGAGGAGUCGGUCUUGUUUAUAGUUUGAAUGGACUCACGGGAAACACUAUCGACAGCCACAGGCUUAUAUAUUUUUCCGGAGAGCAGGGUCUUGAUAAGCAACACGAUUUAGUAGAAGAACUAUUCCUUGGUUAUUUCACUCAGGGAAAAUACAUUGGUGACCAGAAUUUUCUUCUUGAAGCUGCUGCCAAGGUUGGUAUAGAAGGGGCAGAAGAGUUUCUUAAGAACCCUAACAAUGGGCUGAAGGAGGUGGAGGAUGAGCUUAAAACACACUCAAGAAACAUUUCAUCGGUUCCGCAUUAUGUGAUUAAUGGGACUCUGACGAUAAACGGUGCACAACCCUCAGAGGCAUUCUUGAAAGCUUUCCAACUUGCUGCAAAUUGACUUUCAGCUCCUCAAAGUUUUUAACUCUCUUUGUCUUCUUCUGUUAAAUGAUACUUGGGAAAUAAGAAGCUAUAUACACAUUGCUUAUACUCAAUAAUAAAUUGAAUGACACUGCUACUUAAUUUACAAUGUUGAAAAGUUUGAACAAA